UUGGGGAAAAUUCGAGCUGCCCUGUUCAAAAAACGACACGCACACGACGUGCACAGACGACCCAAACGAAGACGACCACGACGGCCAGAAAUAAGCAAAUUAUUUAGCUAACAAUCGUCGAAAGGGACACUAAGGAUUACCCAGCCGACGAUUGUUGGUUAAAUUUUGCUAACGGCAGCGCGAAAACUCAAAUUUUAAAUCAUCAAAAUAAAUAUAUAUAUUUUAAAUAAUUUAUAAUCGAUUUAAAAAGUGAAAGAAAAAACGAACAAGUGCAAAAUUGGAAGCCCACUAAAACUGUGACAAAAUUUUGCAUUUAAACGAGCGCAUAUAUAGCGGAUGCAUAUAUAUGCAGAAUACGAGCAAAAGUGUUAAUUCUAAUUUUCCCUAAUUAUUCAUAAUUACGGAAAACUUGCAAGGAGAAUUUAUGACGUGGCUAAAGUGUUGACCACGCUGGAAACUCGAGGAUAAUUUGUUGUUUUGAUUAUUAUGGGGCGGCUAACAAUUUGGUUCCUUUUGGGACUAACGUUAUUCGCCGUCUCCAAUCAUGUUGGGUUUGUUAAUGCCGAUGUCGGACCAAGCGAAUCAGAAUGUCGACCCUAUAUUGAAAAGGCCAUAAAUGAAUUGAAAACAGAUGGUGUCAGGGAUGGAUCUGGAGAACUACAAUCCGAUCAGCCACGAGGGGACGACGACGACGACGAUGAUGAUGAUGAGGACGCGAAAAGUGCCAACGACCUGGACGGCGAUGGCAUUCCCGAUGACGAGGACGAUGAUAUUGACGGAGAUGGCAUACCGAACGAAAAGGACGACGACAUCGAUGGCGAUGGCAUACCCAAUGAGGAGGAUGACGACAUGGAUGGCGAUGGCAUACCCAAUGAAGAUGACGACGACAUCGAUGGCGAUGGUGUGCCCAACUCCAAGGAUGAGGACAUCGAUGGCGAUGGUGUGCCAAACUCCAAGGACGAAGACAUCGAUGGCGACGGAAAGGCGAAUCACGAGGACGAUGAUCUAGAUGGCGAUGGCACUCCAAAUCAUGAGGAUGAGGAUCUGGAUGGCGAUGGUGUGCCCAAUACCGAAGAUGAUGAUCUAGACGGCGAUGGCACUGUCAAUCAUGAGGAUGAAGAUCUUGAUGGUGAUGGUGUGAAAAAUGAUGAAGAUGAGGAUCUCGAUGGUGAUGGCAAAGUAAAUCAUGAGGACGAAGAUCUAGAUGGCGAUGGCGUUAGGAACGAAAAGGACGACGACUUGGAUGGCGAUGGCACCAACAAUUCUCAGGAUGAGGAUCUUGAUGGCGAUGGUGUGCCAAACGAAAAGGACGAAGAUCUGGAUGGCGAUGGCAUCCUGAAUGAACACGAUGGGGAUGUCGAUGGCGAUGGGGUUCCCAACGAGCACGAUCACAAGGAUAGUGGCGAGAACAACGAUGAUGAUGACGACGACGACGAUGAUGAUGAUGAUGAUAAGAAGGAGGCGGUCAAGAAGCGCAGCAAGCGUGAAGUGGAUGCUGCUCCCGUUCUGGACAUCGAGGCUCCUCCAAGCCCCACUGAAGAGUUCCCCGUAGAGGAGGAAAUCGUUAAGGAGGAAUCCGCCGAAGCCGAAGCUGAAAAGGAACAGGAACAGGAACCAGAGCCAGAAGUCGAGGUCGAGGCAGAAAAAGAUCCCGAGCCAGAGCCUGUCCAAGAGGAAAAGGAAGAGUCUGUAGAAGAGAAGGAAGAGGAACAGGCAGCUCCAGUCGAGGAGGCUAAAGAGGAGUCCGCUGAGCAGGAAGCUGCUCCCCAGGAACCCGAGGCUGCCAAGGAAGAUGCUGUGGAAUCCGAAGAAGCUCAGGAUGAGCCCCAGGCAGAUGCUGCUAAGGAAGCCGCUGGUGACGACGACGAUGAUGACGAUACCAAACCGGAAGAUGAACUUCUCUGGGAAGGAGAAAUCCCCCAGAAUCGUCGCAGUCGCCAGCACAUUUCGGAACUUCUCCAAUUGGACGAGGAGUUCAAUGCCCGCGAAAAGGCCACCGAUAAUGUGGCUGAAAUCAUCCUGCGUGACAUCAAGCGCAUCUACGAGAAUGCCGUCAAACCCCUGGAGACUCUCUACAAAUACCGCGAUCUGAGCAACCGCCAUUUUAGUGAUCCGGAGAUCUUCUCCAAGCCUCUGAUCUUGUUCAUGGGGCCCUGGUCCGGUGGCAAGUCCUCCAUCCUGAACUAUUUAACCGAUAAUGAGUACACACCGAAUUCGCUUAGAACUGGUGCUGAACCCUCGCCAGCCUACUUCAAUAUCCUGAUGUGGGGCAACGAGACGGAGGUUCUUGACGGCACCCAGCUGGCAGCCGACUACACCUUCUCUGGACUGCAGAAGUUCGGCCAGGGACUGGAGGAGCGUCUGCGAGGACUCAAAAUGAAGAGCAAGCUGCUCGAGAAGGUCAACAUCGUCGAGAUACCCGGCAUUCUAGAAGUGCGCAAGCAGGUAUCCCGCGUCUUCCCCUUCAACGACGCCUGCCAGUGGUUCAUCGAUCGGGCGGACAUCAUCUUUCUGGUGUACGACCCGGCCAAGUUGGAUGUGGGUCCCGAGACGGAGGCCAUUCUCGACCAGCUGAAGGGACGCGAGUACCAGACGCGCAUCAUCCUCAACAAGGCUGACACUGUCAAGCCAGAGGAGUUGUUGCGCGUCCAGGGCGCUCUCAUCUGGAACAUCUCGCCCCUGAUGUCCUCCGCCCAGCCGCCGCUGAUGUACACCACCUCGUUGUGGACCCAUCCCUACCAGGACGGUGCCCCGGCCCGCCUGCUGCUUGCCCAGGAGCGUGCCUUCCUGCGUGAUCUGCGCACGGCUAUUGACAAGAGGAUCGAGCACAAGAUUGCCAGCGCCAGACGUUUUGCGGUGCGUGUUCGCAAUCACGCCAAGAUGGUGGACUGUUACCUGAACACCUUCUACAACCACAAGACCUUGUUCGGCAACAAGAAGCGCAUCGCCGACGACAUCAUUGACCAUCCUCAGAACUACCACAUCUAUGAGGGUCUGUCUACCCUGACGAACAUCUCGCGUUACGAUCUGCCGGAUCCGGAGGUCUACCGCGACUUCUUCCGCCUGAACCCGCUGUACGAGUUCAAGAAACUGACGGACACCUGCACUUACUUCCGCGGCUGCCCGAUCACCAAACUGGACGUGGCCAUUGCCUACGAGCUGCCCGAGUUGGCCGGAAAGUACAAGAAGAUGUCCGAGUCGGCUCUGGCCAGCAUCGAAGCUCAGCAGGAUCAGGCACAAAAUGAGCAGCGGAUCCCCAACCAGGCUGAUCCGAAAAAGACGAGUUGAGGUCCCGGCUCCUAAAAAGGAGUAAACCUGCCAUUUAGUUUGUUUUAGUGAGAGAUAGAGAGAAUGUGACAUCGGCACCGGUAACCGUCUAUAGGGAAUUAAUAUCGAGGAAGACUAGAGAAAUGGAGAAGGAAAGGUAGAGAGAGGGGUAGCACUUACAGGGCCAAGGAGAAAGCUAAUCCUUGUUAAAGUAACCCCAAAAUAUAUCUGUAGAGAACAACAGCGCAAGACAAAAAACAGAAAUGGUUUGUUGGAAGACAAAGAAAGGAGUAGAGCUAGAGAGAGAGAAAGAAGAGCGGGCGGGCGAAAGAGAUAGAGAGCAGUUCUAAAUGUCAAAGGUUGGUUCGGUGAACUUUUGAUUUCAACCGCGAUGCAGGAGAUCUUUACUUAAUUUUGAUUUCUUUUU